AGACAAGGAAAGAAAUUAUUUCUAAAUUGUACAUGCAUUGACCGUGUUCUAUCAUCUAUGCCCCUAGCGGUCUAAAAAGUCCAUGCACUUUCUUUUUCACCCAGUUGAUACGCUGCUCGAUUGACUGAAACAGAAGUGCAAGACUUUUAACAGGAUAAGCCGACGGGCAAUUGACGGUCUAAAGCUUUCCAUGUAUGCCCCAAAUCAAAUGUAGACAUCUCCAACUUUACCUUCAUCUCUGCUCAUAUACAUGUGUGUGUGUGUGUAUAUAUAUAUAUGUAGUCUUGGUCCUGCAUACAGCUUCAUCAACCCCCAUCAAGAAUCAAUAGAAUCACUACCUAUUUCCCUCACAAACACACACAGAAGACAUAUUUCUGAGCAAAAUGUUCAGCUCCUUGCGCUCUUUGAUCAAUGGAAAGGUGCCAUUCGACUCUAGGAAAACAAACAAGGUUGUGAUAUAUAGAGAUGAGUUGGAUACUAAGAAGCCAUCACAAAGCAAGCCAAAGAAAAAGGUAAGCUUUGAAACAAAACCAUUGGUUCAAAACCAAGUGGCAGGCGAAAAGAAUUUCGAUAUGAAGAACACCACUUUUGCUGCCGAUAAUGAGAAUAAAGCAGGUCUCAAGUUGAAGAUACUGAUGACCAAGGAAGAAGCUGCUCGGCUGCUUUCCAAAUGCAAAGAAGGAGGCGUUCUCGAAUACAAGGACGUGGCUAGUGAGCUCGUGCAAAUUCCAGUUGAUCGUGUUAGCUUGGUUUCUUCUGCUGCCAAUAAAUCAAGUCCUUGCUUACUUAAGAAGAGUACUGUUGAUAAAGAAGAGUAGAGCCACCAGCUAGCCUUGUCCUGUUGGUCACGAUGACUCGUGAGGUUCUUGGAUACUCAAGUGAAGAGUUUUGAGCUCAGUAAUGGCUGCAUAAGUAAUACUGCAAUAGUAGUACGGUUUUUCCUUUUUUUUUUUUAUAAUUUCCCCUUUUUAAAGUAGUACUAGAAGUAUGUAAAAAGAGGCAGUUUUUGGUAAUAUAGGCUAUAGUAGGGCAACUUUUAAUUUGCUGAGAAAUUAGUCUGAUUUCUUUGUUAGUUUAGGAAUCUGUAAAUAAAACUUCAUUUAGUCUACACGUUUCCUAUGAUUAUCAUAUUCCUUCUCUUGAUUUU